UCCGAGAGACAGGCGCGAACUCAGGUGCAAAGUGGAGCCGGAGGCUGCAAACUCACUUACCAUGAAGGUGAAGAUUAAGUGUUGGAAUGGUGUAGCCUCCUGGCUUUGGGUUGCCAAUGAUGAGAAUUGUGGUAUUUGUCGAAUGGCUUUUAAUGGCUGCUGCCCAGACUGUAAGGUACCUGGGGAUGACUGCCCCCUUGUGUGGGGACAAUGUUCACACUGUUUCCACAUGCACUGCAUUCUCAAGUGGCUUAAUUCUCAACAAGUACAGCAGCAUUGUCCUAUGUGUCGACAGGAAUGGAAGUUCAAGGAGUGACUGAUACCUGCUGUGAUAUCUGCCUUCUACCUGUCAUGUGGUGAAGAACUCUGUGACCUUGGACCUAUAGAUCCCCUUCCCAAACCACAAUAAGGGAUCAUUUUUAUACUCCUGUAGGCCUUGAUCCUUUUGACAGGAACUUUGAGACCACUCACGUAAUAGGAAGGACAUGGGGAACAAGGUGGGCACAUAGACACCUUUCUUCCUCUGAUGUGUUUAAUCCCUCCCUCUUCAUCAGAUAGAAGCUGGAGUGGUUCACAGGAUUAGGCUUCUUUGAUUUUAAGAGGGCUGGAAAGAGGACUGGACUUGAUUUUGUUUUUUUCCCAUUGUCAAUGUUGAAACUUUUUAUCUUGAGAACUAAAAUUCAUUAAACUGUCUGAGCUUUGCUAAAGGCC